GCGUCGUGCAUUAGCCUAUGCCAACACCACUGACGACUCCGCCAGUUACCAAGAUUACAAGGAAUCAUCGUCAACCGCCUCCAUCGCUACACCGCGCACGCAAAGAUUGUACACCGAAGCCAGCAACGUCGUCUCCCACAGAAUCGAGUCCAUCUACCCCGCCACGAAGCGAGCUGCCGAGAAGCCAUACCACAGUUGGAGAAGAAAUCGCAAGCGAUACGAGCACUCAAACUUCUGCACCGCCAUGGUCUAGAGACUGCGUGCUCAACUGCACACGGGCGCCCGAGCGCGCAGUCGCCUUGACCGGUGCACGACAACAUCUGCAUCGACAUGUCCACCGACGGACUGUCUGCUCCCGGGAGCAGCACCUACGACAGCAGCACCAUGUUCGUAGGUGACGGCACCUGGGAUGCUUCGCGGAACAGCUUCUUGUUGCCGAAUUUGCAAGGACUGAAUUUCGACACGAUGCGAUACAACGGCAUGGGCAAUCGCUUUCGAGACAUGCCGCAAUACAGGUCACUCAUUAUUGGGCAUGGAGUUAUGGCGGCCAUUACAUUCAUUGGCGUGGUGCCAGCUGCCAUCUUGAUCGCGAGGUUCUACCACUCCGGUGGGAGGCUGGCAUAUAAACUACACGUAUACCUCCAAAUCAUGACCGUCUUCCUGGCUACCGUGGUUUUCACUCUGGGCUGGUUCGCAGUGGGUCCUGAACGGAGUUUGACAAAUCCGCAUCAUGGAAUUGGGCUGGCCAUCUACGUUUGUGUCCUGGUUCAGUUUAUCUACGGCUGGUGGAUGUCCAAACGAGAGAGAAAGCGGACCAAGCCGCAUCCAACCAUACCACUGAAGGUGCAUAUCCAUAGGCUGUUCGGUCGAGCAGUGGCUAUGCUCGCAUUCGUCCAGAUCGCGCUCGGUCUGACGCUUUAUGGCUCUCCAAAGGUACUAUUCAUUCUCUACGCAUUGGUGGGCGCUCUUCUCGUAUUCCUCUAUCUCGCACUCGAAUACCGGAACAAGCCUCGCAUCGGAGAUGGAGUAGCCGUGUCAGGCGCAAGAUCAGACUACUACUCAGACUACAGCGGCAGCUAUUUGACCGGUGACAGAACAGAGUUGACGCACGAUCGGCGCAGUCGAAGAGCGGAGAGCAGAUCCCGAGAUGAGAAGCAAGGUGGUGGCUGGGCCAAGAAAGCGCUGGCCGGUGCAGGUUUAUUUGGAGCGUACAAGUGGUGGUCUCGGCGGCGAGAGAAGGAGGAAGACGAGGACCGCUACAACGAGUACACUGAGAGCAAUGUGAACAACACACAGCGACCAGGUCGCACGCCAGGCCCUCCUGGUUCUUCAGUCGCUUACUCAGGACCGGCACCUUAUGGCCGUCCCGGUCGCGUACCCAGCAGGCCACCCCCACCAGCUACUUACGACGGUCGGCACAGAGCAUCUAGCAGAGGCAGUGGCCCAGCGCGGAGGCACGAUGAUACAGUCCUCUCUCCCCAAAGUUGGGAGAAUGACGAGUACGACGACGACGAAAAGUAUGGCGAGAAGCCACCCCGUGACAACACAUGGCGCAAUCGACUGCUCGGAGCAGGUGCUGGAAUAGCGGCUUUUCAAGGGUUGAAGAGUAUGUUUGGCAGCAAGAAGCGUAAAGACAAUUACGUCGACUCCGAUGUCAGCUACAGGCCCCCUCCUCAUGGGAUGACCAAUACUGUCAGUCAAACGGAUGUGUCCAGAGUCGAGGCUGGCCAUGCUCCUUUCUCGCCACAUGAUCCGAAACGGGGUCAUGGAACACUCAUCUCAGAGACGACGCAGAUGACGCCUUCAAGACCGCCGAACAGGAGGCGACCCAGCGUGAGCUCCGUCUCGUACGACGACGAGGCAAGUUAUGCACCGCCACCUAGACCCGGAUCUGAUGGCCCGAAUCUGCGAGAGAGCAUCGCAACUAUGGGAGCAAUUGCUGGAUUUAGGGAAUGGAACAAGCGUAGGAAAGAUCGAAACGAGAGACAGAAACAGGACCAGCUGCGGCAAGAACAGCUCGAGAGCGAAGAACAGUACAACCGACGCAACUCCAAUCGCUAUCCUCGCCCCCAGGAUGCCAGCGGUCGGCGCGCUAGUCACUCCGACACGCUAAUGACAGGCCCAGAGCACGCUCCUGGCAGCAAUCCUGUGGUGUCGAGGCAGAGCUUGAGACCAGACAUCAGUCAACCUCCGCUUCCAAUGGCAGCUGGAGCGGUUCCCAUGUCACCGCAGGACCCUGUGAGAUAUGAUAUGCCACCCCAGCCGUACCAACAACAGUCCCAGCAGCAAAACACCACGUUUGUGCUGCCACCUCCGCCUCCAGGUCCUCCCCCAGCUGACACUUCACGGCCUGCAAACUACGCGCCCCCGCCGCCUGGUUCGCUUCAGAUGCCACCAGGAGCCGUUGAGCCAGACCCAUCGAGAUUAGUCUCGGAGCAGACAUACGGGCAAAGUCACUUUCAAGACGGCACCACGGCGGCUGCAACGUCAGCAGCGCUGGCCGGCGCGGCGCUGGCAGCGACUCAAAGGCCGCAGUCGUUAUCCCCAACUAGACGGCAGCGCUCUCGGACAGGCUCAAAAUCUCGAAUCCCGGGCCGACGUGGCAGUAUGACCUCAGCGGGCCCUUCGCAAGCGAGUGCGUUGGGCGUGGAAAGCCCGCCAGUCAGUCUCAAGAUGAAAAUGCAUCCAGAUGGACAGCACGUCACCUUACGACGAUUGAAUGAGGAAGAAGCCGCGGCCGAGCGUGCUGCUCGAAGACGCGAGCGAAGAUCACGACGUGCUUCUAGCCUGAGCAGUGCCGAUGAGGGCCCUUCGAGGUACAGGAGGAAUGGUGCACAUAUGAGGGAUUCAAGCCAGCAGCCGAUCUCCAACGUACCCGUUCCGCCACCAGCAAUGUCAAAUUCUCUCAUUGGCAGUGGUCGACCUCCAUCGGAACUGAACCUGCCCACACCGCCUCCUCACCGUGUUCCACAGGCUUCCGAGUCCCCUUCGGGCGUGCCUCCAGUGAGCGGCCCGGCUGGAAGCGGAAUGGUCGCGAGUCCUGGGAAUACAGGAGGUACGGACCUGGGAACUGGCACUGACGUGAGCGCAUUCGACAACAAUCGGAAGAGAAGGAGAGCAGAGAGAGCAAGGAGGUUAGAAGCGUCAAGAGGAAACAGGGUCGAGUUCUCGUGAGCAUGUUCUGUAAUGGUGUGCGGAUUCAUCUGGCUUCGAAUUUGGCGUUCUGAGCGAGCAUUCUGGUUUCAUGGAACGGGAGAUUCUCAGCACUACAGGGCAUGAUAAGAUAUGAUCACGUACUCAAUGACGGAAUGUGAAAAUGCGGGUUUGUCGAUAGGUUCAUGGAGAAGCAGGUUCUUCGUCUGUACAGAGAUGUCGAUAGG